GCCCCAGUUUGAAUGUAAACAAUGGCGGCAAAUUUGUCGGGAGUUCUGAUUGAAAAUACACGUGAAUGUGUAAAGCAGAGUAAAAUUCUUGUUAUAGGGGCAGGAGGAAUCGGGUGUGAAUUAUUGAAAAAUCUUGUUUUGACAGGAUUUAAUGACAUCAGUGUCAUUGAUCUAGACACAAUUGAUGUUAGUAAUCUAAAUAGACAGUUCCUCUUUCGCAAAGAACAUGUUGGCAAGUCAAAGGCCAAAGUUGCCAUGGAAAGUACAUUGAAGUUUAAUCCUAAUGUGAAGAUACAGGCAUUCCAUGACAGUAUUAUGAGUCCAGAGUAUGGCUUAAAUUUCUUUAAACAGUUUAAUGCAGUAAUGAAUGCCUUAGACAAUAGAGCUGCUAGAAAUCAUGUAAAUCGUAUGUGUUUAUCAGCUGAUGUUCCCCUCAUAGAAAGUGGUACAGCUGGAUAUCUUGGACAGGUUCAAGUAAUAAAAAAGGGUUUAACAGAAUGUUAUGAAUGUCAACCAAAACCUCCACAGAAAACUUUUCCAGGUUGUACGAUACGUAAUACUCCAUCAGAACCAGUGCAUUGUGUUGUGUGGGCCAAACAUUUAUUUAAUCAGUUAUUUGGUGAAGAUGAUCCAGAUCAGGAUGUAUCACCAGACACAGAAGAUCCGGAGCUUGCUGGUGAUGCUGGUAAAAGUGCUCUGGAGAAAGAAGCCUCAGAGAAUGCUGCAGGUGGUAUAGAAAGAAAAUCCACAAGAACAUGGGCCACAGGGACAGCUUAUAAUCCUCACAAAUUAUUCAAUAAGUUUUUUAAAGAUGAUAUAAAAUAUUUAUUAUCAAUGGAAAAUUUAUGGAAGAAACGACGACCACCAACUCCACUUGAGUAUUCUGAUUUACCAAAAGAUAAAAGUUUAGAAACAGGUAUGAGAGACCAGAGAGUUUGGUCUAUACAGGAAUGUUCUGAUGUUUUCUCAACAUGCUUAUCUAAACUUAGAGACCAAGUACAUCAGCAGGGAGAUGGUAUACUGGUAUGGGAUAAGGAUGAUGACAUUGCCAUGGAUUUUGUAACAAGUACAGCUAAUAUCAGAGCAUAUAUCUUUGGUAUUUCUUUAAAAUCUAGAUUUGACAUAAAAUCUAUGGCUGGUAAUAUAAUUCCUGCGAUAGCUACAACAAAUGCUAUUAUAGCUGCCCUCAUUGUAAUGGAGGGGAUUAAAGUUCUACAUGGAGAUUUUGAUAAGUGUAAACAGAUAUAUCUGAACAGACAGGCCAAUCCUCGGAAGAAAUUACUUGUACCUUGUGCUUUAGAUAAACCAAAUCCUAAAUGUUAUGUGUGUUCAUCAAAACCUGAGGUCACAGUUGUUUUGAAUACAGAGAAGUUUACAGUUAAACAAUUAGAAGAUAAGGUAUUAAAAGUAGGUCUAGGUAUGGUGGCACCUGAUGUGGAAAUUGAUGAUGGAAAAGGGACAAUCUUAAUAUCCAGCGAAGAGGGAGAAACAGAAGAGAACGCAGAGAAACAUCUGAGUAAUUUCAAAAUCACCAGUGGUACCAUACUUAAAUGUGAUGAUUUCCUUCAGAAUUAUAAUCUAAAUGUCAUCAUAGCUCACAAAGAUAAGUUAGAAGAGGAGAAAGAAUUUGUUAUUGUAGGAGAUUUAUCUGAAUUGAAAGCCACAGCAGAAACACCUAAUGGAGUUAAUGGUGGACAGGAGGAAAAUAAACAGGAUGAUGAUGAUGAUGAUCUAAUGGUGGUUGAAGAACCAGUCGAAGAACCAGUAGUAGAACAGAGAAAGAGAAAAGCUGAAGAUAUAGAUAUCGAUGAGAAGACUGCUAAGCGUAUGAAGUUGUCCAGUAUACCAGAAGAAUCUGAAGAUGAUGUUGUAAUUUUAUGACAUUACUGCAUGGAAUAAUCAUCUGUCAGUCACUUCUGUGUCAUAUUUGUAUCAGGAAGUAAAUACCAGAUUGGAAAACAACUUCAGAUUUGUUGAAAAUGACAUUGUUAUUAUGAAAAUAUCUUUGGAAGAUUAUGCAGUUAUGAAAGCAAGCAGUAUUCAUAUUGAUUAUGAAAAUGUUCUGUUGUUCCAUUAAAUACAAUGUUGAAUGUACAGCGAAAACAGAAAAAUAAAAUGUUCAACAUUUA